AUGACCCUUUCCGUUCGUAAUUUGUUGCUGUUUCUUGGCGUGCUGGUGGCGGCCGCUCUGCUCCUGCACAACGACGCCGCGGUGCUGGGUAUGCAGCUGGAGGAAACAGAUACAAAUUUGAAUAUAAAUGAAGAAACAGAAGAGGAUACAAACUCAGCUGAGCUUGAUGCUGACGACGAAGUCAGUUUCUCUGAAUUAGAUGCAGAUGCACUCGCAGAUAAACUCGAAGCAGAAGAGGAAAACGAGCUGCACGGCACUGCAGCAGAAGAAGAUGCAGAAGCAGAAGAAGAAGAAGAAGAUUCACUCACCGAUACAGACUCAGAAGAAACUUCUUUCUUAGAGGGUGAAGAAGAGGAAAUGGAGGGAGAAGAUGUGGAUCUAUCACAGAUGUCAGAAGAAGAUAUAAGCGAGGUGAUGGCGAUGCUCAGCCCGGAGGAGCAAACAGCGUUUCAGGAUAUGUUGAAUGAGCACAGGGGUGAAGGUGCUGAGAGAGAAGAGGAAUUAUAA